AUGCUGGAAGAUCAGCUCAAGGUACUCGAAGCGCUCCAGCGUGUCAUUGCCAAGAAGCCUCGGCUCUCGACGUUUCCGACCAUGGCCGAUGCGCAAUGGAAGCACGGCGUCCUCGACGUCGUCGACCGCGAAGCCAGCCUCGAAGCACUCAUGCAGCACCAGCUCGAGAAGCUCGAGACGGCGUGGAUCCGGCAUGGCUUGUUUGACGCGGUCGAGGCCAACGAAGCCGUGUUGCGCUCGCAUGUCGAGACGAAAGGCCAAGAGGGCAUGACGUUGCAUUUCGUCCAUUGUACGCGCAUUCCUUUGGACUAUGUUGCGAUGGCCAAUUUGACAUGGGAGCACAUGACAACCAAACUGCGCUCGAAACGUAGUGAGGUCCUCGAGGCCUACCAUCCCGACCUCGUUUACGUCAAACAUUUUGGGGACCUUCCCGACCCGACCAUGCCGACACUCGAAGCGCGCGUGGUCUACCGCCGGUGGAUCCAACCCGACCGCGUCAUCAUCGCGUGGUGCACAAUCCUUGACGACAAGUUGCUGCCGCAUUCCCGCGGCAACUUGGUCGAGAACCGUUUCGGAUGGUCGGUCACGCACCGCAAGUCGACCGACGAGAGCAUGCUGGCGGUCUACGGCACGAUGACGACGCCAAGUAUGCACGUGGACGACGCGUCGGCGCAGCCCGCCGUGGGCACGCUCACCGAGCUCCUCUUGCAAAUGUCCAAGGAAAAUGGCGAAAAAUUCGGAUCCCGAAUCCGCGAUGCCAUCCUUGCAUACAAGGCGACACAAAACGCACUGACAGAAGAAUAA